UAUUGUCCCCUAGGGGUGUGGUUAAUGGGGUAAAGCUUUCUUACCUUUGCCCCAUUUCUUGUCUUUACCCCAAAGGGGAUAGAUUGGACGAGAAAAUUUUGUUUUUAUACAAAAUGUUUGUAAGCAUCACAAUUAUUACGUAAUCAAUGUUCGUUCUCCUCACGAGUUAAAGCAAUUAAUUAUUGUAAUGAAAAACAACACAUUAAUAAAACUAUCUGUAUGGAAAUCAAUUAUUUGAGUUGUUGAAUUAUAGAUAUAAGGUAGGUAGUAGUUAGUCGGACUAACAUUGAUUACGAAAAUUAAUCAAAAAAGAGUUUUAUCCUUUACUUUUGUUUGUCACGUUUCACGAGACUUAGCGCGAACUAUGACUCCCGUAUGUCAAAAUCCAAUAUAAUUUUCCACCAAAAAUUAUUUGAGUGUAUCUUCGUAUGUAAUCGUUUUUUAAAUAUUCAUAGAUACCUAUAAACUAAAACAAAUGCUUAAUGUGUCAGGUGUCAAAUUACCUCAGGCGCGAAUUUUUAACUUUUAGUAUUUCUAUUUUCUAUUUGGUCGUAAAAAUAAAUAAAAAUGCAGGAAGUUUCGAGUGCUUUAAGGCAAAUGCGAUUUCCUCAAAAACUUUGGUAUUUAUUGGAUUUACACACCGAUGCUAUUUUAUGGGGAGGGACAGGACGAACUAUUCUGUUGAACUAUCGAGUAUUGCAUACUUAUUUACGAUGCAACCAUUCUAUAUUUAAGACAACAAAUAUUUCUAGUUUUGUCAGACAGCUAAAUUUGUAUGGCUUUAGGAAAGUUACAUCACAUUUACAAGACCCUCUUUGUAACUCUAGUAACCCUUACAUGCACGAAUACAUGCAUGAUUAUUUUCAAUUUGACCGUCCAGAAUUACUCAAUAAAAUAACAAGGAAGGCUCUUACAAUGAAAAAGAACUUUAAAGUAAAGAAUAUAUUUGGGAAUACUGAUCACUUACUAAAUAUGACUCCACUGCAAAAAGCGCGAAGGGCUCUGCAAGUGGCACUUAAAAAAGCAGUUCAAAAUGUAUACAGUCAAGAUUCAACAAAACAAUUUUAUCAAGCUGAAUUUGAUGAUGAACACGAAGAUUUUCAAGAAGAAAGUUUUGAUGUCGACUGGAUUCCUGGUGAAAGUCCUUUUAAGAGUUUUGAAAAUAAUAUCCAACAAGCAGCCAUUGAAAAGUCAGCUACUAGUGAUGAAAUGGAAACUCAUACUGUAAUGGAAACUAUUGGCGUGGUACCACAGGAGAGUCUUAUGCAUUUUUCUGAGGAUUCAAAUAAACAAACAAAUGACAACUAUCCUACUCAUUUCUUAAACAUGCCUGACCUUGAUUCUGAACAAAUUGAAGAAAAUUCUGGUGUAGAAUUACUAGCAGAAUUUAAUAUAAACAGCAACAUGGAUCAGGGUAUUAUUAAGAAAAAGAACUUAAAGGAUUCUUCAUUGAAUUGUGUAUUACCAUCAGUAAGCAAUGAUGACAUAAGUUUUAAUGAGUCUAAUGAUGACAUUAACCAUUACAAUGGGGAAUGGGAUCAAAUGUUUAGUGAUAUGAUGACUAACAAAAGCUCUAGUCAAGAUAGUGUUUCAAAUCUAAAAGAGCUCUACUCUCAGAUUUCGCAAACAAUAGAUUUACUUAAUUCAUAG